AAGUGAGAAAUCGAAAUUAAAACAUAUUGAAAAAGCCAGAUUUACUUUUAAAAUGAAGACAGCUAUUGCAUUUUUGCUUUUCUGCAUUGCUGUGGUUAAUGCUGCACCAGCUAUCAACACCAAUACUGAAGGCAAAGAAAACGCAUUGGUUAAUACUGUAAAUGACGCUGUAGACAGCAACCAUGCUAAUGACGACGAACAAUUACCCAACGACGAGUUGGAAGAAGAGGAUUAUCCUGAAGAGGAGGAUGAUGAGGACGAAAACGGUGAAUUGGAAGAGAAUGAUCCUUAUCAAGCCCGCUCUUAUCGUAGAUACGGACGAUAUGGUGGAAGUUAUGGUAGGUAUACUGGCGGAUAUACCGGGCGGUACAUUGGAAGUCGAUACAGUGGUCGAUAUUCCCGAAUUGGGUCAAGAUUUGGUUCUUAUGGUCGAUUAAGCCGAUACAGAUCCUACCGACCAUCGUAUGGUUCAUCUUACCGUCGAUACACCACUGGACGGUACAGUCGAUAUGGAAGUACAUAUAGGCGAUACACUCCUCGAUACAGAUCAUAUACUCCUAGAUACAGAUCUUACCGUCGCUAUAAUUUCGGUCGUUAUGGAUCAAAGUAUUAGAUUUAAAAUUGAGCUUUUAUAUGUAUUAGGUGUAGGUUACCUUUGUAAGAAAUAAAUUAAUUUCGGGAAUUAAACUAUUUUUAACACAAAUAAGGGGAAAACAAAAAACAAAAAAAACAUGGAUGGUAUAUUCCUCUACGGAUUUUAAGCUUGUUAUACUUUAAAAAUGUACUCCC